UGGCAGGUGAUGGAAAUGUACAGGAACAAUGGGAGAAGCCGGUAACUUAUAGGAAGCCAAGAUGACAAGAAUUUUAAAAAAUAAUCAAAGGAAGAAUCUUGUUCAAAAAUGAGGUGAAUUAAUGCUCAAGCACUCAAGAACCCCGGACAGCUACAUGAAGUGUUUAAAAACUGCCCUGACCACCUCGCCACACAAGUCUGUCAUGAGGCCUGACAGGAUGAGUGCACCACGGAGGCGCAGUGUCCUGCCCUGCAGGAACGGUGACUGCUGACCUGCCGGGAGCAAGCGGGGGGCCGCAUGCUGUCUGCCAGUACAAUGAAGGAAGUGGUUUAUUGGUCACCCAAGAAGGUGGCAGACUGGCUGCAGGAGAAUGCUAUGCCAGAGUACUGUGAGCCUCUGGAACAUUUCACAGGCCGCGACUUGAUCAACCUAACCCAGGAGGACUUCACAAAACCCCCCCUGUGCCGAGUCUCCUCCGACAAUGGGCAGCGGCUCUUGCACAUGAUAGAGACCCUGAAGAUGGAGCACCACUUGGAAGCACACAAGAACGGCCACGCCAAUGGGCACCUCUGCAUUGGCACAGACAUCCUCGCCCCUGACGGCAGCUUCAGCAUCAAGGUCAAACCCAACGGGAUGCCAAAUGGGUAUAGGAAGGAGAUGAUAAAGAUCCCCAUGCCAGAACCAGAGCGCUCCCAGUACCCCAUGGAGUGGGGCAAGACUUUCCUGGCCUUUCUUUAUGCACUUUCCUGCUUUGUUCUCACCACAGUGAUGAUCUCGGUCGUCCAUGAACGAGUACCUCCUAAGGAGGUGCAGCCUCCACUACCGGACACGUUUUUUGACCAUUUUAACCGGGUGCAGUGGGCCUUUUCUAUUUGUGAAAUUAAUGGCAUGAUCCUUGUAGGACUCUGGUUAAUUCAGUGGCUGCUCUUAAAAUACAAGUCUAUUAUUAGCAGAAGAUUUUUCUGCAUAGUUGGCACGCUGUACCUGUAUCGGUGUAUUACAAUGUAUGUAACUACACUCCCAGUACCCGGUAUGCAUUUCAACUGCUCUCCGAAGCUUUUUGGAGACUGGGAAGCCCAACUGCGGAGAAUAAUGAAGCUCAUUGCUGGCGGCGGCCUGUCCAUCACGGGCUCCCACAACAUGUGCGGGGACUACCUGUACAGCGGCCACACGGUCAUGCUCACGCUCACCUACCUAUUUAUCAAAGAGUAUUCCCCUCGACGACUGUGGUGGUACCACUGGAUCUGCUGGCUUCUCAGCGUGGUUGGAAUCUUCUGUAUUCUCUUGGCGCAUGACCACUACACUGUGGAUGUGGUGGUGGCAUAUUACAUCACCACAAGACUCUUCUGGUGGUACCACACUAUGGCCAACCAGCAAGUGCUAAAAGAAGCUUCCCAGAUGAACCUCCUGGCCAGAGUGUGGUGGUACAGGCCAUUUCAGUACUUUGAAAGGAAUGUCCAAGGCAUUGUACCUCGAUCUUACCAUUGGCCCUUCCCCUGGCCAGUAAUCCACCUCGGUAGGCAAGUUAAAUACAGCCGGUUGGUGAAUGACACAUAACAGCUGUACACGGUGGGGAAAGAGGAGCCGUCCGAAGUGCUAAGAACUCCAUGAGAAAAGAUGCCAUAAAAUGAACACCUCCCUUAUCCUGUUAUCUUUCAACAGUGACCUUGACUUAACCGAUUGAGUUACCUGGUCAGCACUGUGAUCUUUUUUUCUCUCCAAAGGACCCGCGUUGGACAACAAUAAAGAAAAUUUAACCUGUCGUGCACUGUACACAUUUCCUGUUCAUAGGCUUGGGAUUUACAUAACCUUGCAACCACCGUGUUCCUUUGUAUAUGAUGCAGCAGCAUAAAUGUAAGCUUUUAUAUCAUAAGUUCUGGUCUUUCCGGUCACACCUGGAAAUAAAGCGUAUUAUUUUCUUGGGAAAACAUACUUUUCAUAUCUCUUGCCCCAAAGAUUGGGCUGUAAGCCAUUUUCUAGCAAAUGUCUCUAUGAAGGUUUCUAAGUACCUGAAUGGGGUUCGAUUCUGAAAUCUUUCUACCUGUUGCACCAAUAUUCAAAUAAAAAUGACAGACACAGAAAGGUUUGGUAACUUUGGAUUUUGUAAAAAUCAGCAGAGACAGUGUGUCAAAAAGUGCAAAAAAAAAAAAAAAGAUUCUGUUAUAAAGUGAUUUUCUAAGUAUUUCCUAACUUUAUUUUUCAAAAUGAUGUUAUGAAAACCAAAUUUAAAGAUUUUUACAUGUCAGAGAAAAGAGAGUUAAAAUUUAAAAAUGCUUCUUGGGAGAGAAAUUUGUCUAUGUUUCUAGUGCCUUUCUUGUCUUGAUUGUAUGGUCAGUAGGCAAUCUUCAAUGUUUUUAUUUAAAAUAAAGUAUUCCAUGAAAAUAUAAAUGUAUGUAUACACUACUAAAUUUUGCAUUAUAGCUAAAUUAAAUCAGAAGACUGCUUAUGGUUUUUAAAUUGCUAUGAAUUAAAGAAUGGGAGAGUUAAUUAGACAGUCAGAGCCUGUUCCCAUAUUGUGAGCAGGUGGCAAUGACAGGUACCACUUCAAUUAUUUUAUCAUCUAUUUGGUAGUUUGAUUUUAACUAUACAGUGAAAACAGCCAUGAAUACUUUGUUUUUAAAAAGAGAGUUUUGAAAAUGAUCACUUAACUAAAAACUGAAAGCUAUAAAUUAGUUAUCCAUACUCUCAUGGCAAUUUUGUUGGUAAACAACAAAGAAGAGAUCUAUUUCUUUAAAAUAUAUUUGUGCAGGAACUGCAUGUAACUCCUAAGUUUUACUCCUAACAUGAGUAUGUUUGGGGAAGUAUUCUAUUCUAUACUUGCCAAUGUGGAGAACAAAAUAGUUUUUUAAGAAUGAAGAAGUAUAUAUAUCCAUUCUGUAUUUUACGUGCAGCAGAAUUAUCUUCCGUAGGGUUUUUUUUGUGUAUUCACAAGGUAAUAUUUGUAUUGUAAAACAAUAAUGGUGAAGGAAAUAAAAAGGCUUUUAAAAUUU